GUGAAAUAUAUAAAAGUGUUUAGAAGCCCAUAGCAAAUCAGUAACAGAAUUACCUCCACAACGCAAGACAGCGCAGAGCCUCGUAGUCUACAUACCUAAACAAAAUUUAAUAAAUUCUCAAUCACAAACUCAAUUGAAAAACAAAAUGUUUGAAUUGCUUCUUGUCGCCACAACAUUUUUCGCCUUCACCUACGCUGCUGGUGAUCCUGCGGAUGCUCACGCCACCAUCCUGAAGUAUGUGAAUGAAGUGAACCCCGAUGGCAACUACAAUUACGCGUACGCAACGUCGAAUCAGAUUCAGGCGCAGGAGAGCGGUGUUGGCAGCUCGUAUACCGCUGGCUCAUACUCGUACAUCUCACCCGAGGGUCAGCCCAUAUAAUUGACUUACAAAGCCGAUGAAAAUGG